AAAAGAAGCCAAUUGUCAAUUUUUGCCUACCUCCAGAAAUUCUCGUGAUGACUUAUAACUUUUUGUCGUCAUUAUUGAAUACUACUAUAUAAACUAGAGGACAGUAAAUUGAAGUCUAAAUAUUUUCAGAAAAUAAUUGAAUUUGGUUCGGAAAUUAAAGCUGCCGAGAUGCCUUUUCUUUACAUAGGGGUACACUUGCCGUUCAAUUCAUACAGGAAAAUUAAAGUUGUUGAUUUCGAUUUAGGUUGUAAAACAGAGAAAUUACGCGAAGAAGCCAGUAAAGCAAUAAGUGAUAUUCCUCCAGACCAGUUCGAUUUUGUUUAUUGUGGUGACCUACUUAAAAACGACGACAUUCUUCAAGACAAGGGGAUUGAGAAUGGUUCCGUGAUUCAUCUCAUACAAAGGAAACUAGAAGUGUUACCUACGCCGGAAGUAAAAAGCUUCACUGAGGCGGAUGUGCAAGAGAUUUUGGGCAUAUGGCGGACUGUAGAUUCGUCUAAUUUUCAGAAAGUUCGUCAUCCGGAAUUCAUGAAAAAUGUGUUAGAUGCGAAUCCCGCAAUUCGCAAAGAUUUGUGGGCAUUAUCCGUUCUGAAGGAUCCUAUAUUGUUGUCAUCAAUGCAACAGCCAGAAACCAUACGACGCAUAGCGGAGAAACACUACAUUCUAAUCGAGGCAUCUCGUUCAAUAGUUCAACUUUUGAACUCCAAAAUGAUCUCUAAAUCCACGACGUUUUCCCCAACUAUUGAGAGCGCUUUAGAUGAUGCACUAUCAGAUUCCUCGUCAAGCGAUGAUAACACAUCACCAACAACUUCUACCGGUACGCGUUCUGCACGGCGCAUCACAGCAGAUCAACUUGCAUCGGCUCUAGCAUUCGCCGGAUCUUAUAAUUCACUCUCUAACAUAUCUCAGCGAGAUGCAGAUACUCGAGAACGCACAGAACAAACUAAUCAACCAUCCACAUCAACAAGCACCCCACCAUCCAAUCGCAUCACAUCUUCAAUGUUCAUGAACGCAUUAUCUGAAGUAAUUCAAUCACACCGGCGAUCUGGAGCAAAUUCCGGUGAGGUAGAGCCCAUGGAUACAUCCCCAUCAUCCAACCCUUCUGUAGCCACUGGAAACCCCGACAACGAUGUGGGCGCGCAAACACAAUCACAGCAUUCAACGCUUGAAGCUAGCCUUAGCACGUAUCGUUCGGAGCUGGAUCAAAUGAGAGAGAUGGGGCUUGCUGAUACCGAAACGAAUCUGCAGGCAUUGAUUGUUUGCAAUGGGAACGUUGAAGCUGCGAUAAAUCUUGUGUUCAGUGGAAUGGCAAAUUAAAGGUAACUUUUUUUCUCGUAUAGAUUAUUAAAUGCGAGUAGAACACACUUGUUAUAUUCAAUAAACAAUAUAAUCGACUAUAUAUCAAUGGUCGUUUCAAACUUAA